UUUCUCUGAAGCAUAAUCUUCAAGAUGAAGUUCUUACUAGCAAUUUUAUUUUUCAUCUCAUUCUUCUUAUGGGUUGAAGAAGUCUAUUCCAAAGAGAAGUCUUCAAAGAAAGGAAAGGGGAAAAAGAAGCAGUAUCUAUGUCCAUCGCAGCAAUCAGCUGAAGACCUUGCAAGAGUACCUGCUAAUUCUACCAGCAACAUCUUGAAUAGGCUAUUGCUCAGCUAUGAUCCCAGGAUAAGGCCUAAUUUCAAAGGAAUUCCAGUCGAUGUUGCAGUUAACAUCUUCAUUAACAGUUUUGGGUCAAUUCAAGAGACAACUAUGGAUUAUAGAGUCAACAUCUUUCUAAGACAGAAGUGGAAUGACCCCAGACUCAAACUGCCCAAUGACUGGAGAGGUUCAGAUACACUGACGGUGGACCCAACUAUGUUUAAGUGUCUUUGGAAACCAGACUUAUUCUUUGCAAAUGAAAAAAAUGCUAACUUCCAUGAUGUCACACAAGAAAAUAUYCUUCUUUUUAUAUUUCGAGAUGGAGAUGUCCUGGUCAGCAUGAGAUUGUCUAUUACACUGUCAUGCCCUUUGGACUUGACCUUGUUUCCCAUGGAUACACAGCGCUGCAAGAUGCAAUUGGAAAGCUUUGGUUACACAACUGAUGACUUACGGUUUAUCUGGCAGUCUGGAGAUCCUGUACAGCUAGAGAAAAUUGCUCUGCCUCAGUUUGAUAUUAAAAAGGAGGAUAUUGAAUAUGGUAACUGCACCAAGUACUACAAAGGCACAGGUUAUUACACUUGUGUAGAAGUAAUCUUCACUUUAAGAAGACAAGUUGGAUUUUACAUGAUGGGUGUUUAUGCUCCUACACUGCUAAUUGUUGUUCUAUCCUGGCUGUCAUUUUGGAUCAAUCCUGAUGCAAGUGCUGCAAGAGUCCCACUGGGUAUUUUCUCAGUGCUCAGCUUGGCAUCUGAAUGUACCACUCUUGCUGCUGAACUUCCCAAAGUGUCUUACGUGAAGGCCUUAGAUGUCUGGCUGAUUGUUUGCCUUCUCUUUGGRUUUGCAUCCCUGGUGGAGUAUGCUGUGGUUCAGGUAAUGCUAAACAAUCCAAAGAGAAUUGAAGCCGAAAAAGCAAAGAUUGCCAAGGCAGAGCAAGCAGAAGGAAAGGGUGGAAAUGCUGCCAAGAAGAACACUGUGAAUGGCACAGGGACUCCUGUUCACAUCAGCACUUUACAGGUUGGUGAGACCAGAUGCAAAAAAGUUUGCACUUCGAAAUCUGAUCUGAGAUCCAAUGAUUUCAGCAUCGUUGGAAGCUUGCCAAGGGAUUUUGAAUUAUCAAAUUAUGACUGUUAUGGGAAGCCCAUUGAAGUGAACAAUGGGCUCGGGAAAUCUCAAGCCAAGAACAACAAGAAGCCUCCUCCUCCCAAGCCUGUCAUUCCAUCAGCAGCAAAGAGAAUUGAUCUUUAUGCAAGAGCACUGUUUCCUUUUUGCUUCUUGUUCUUCAACGUCAUAUACUGGUCCAUAUAUUUAUGAUAAAUCUUUAUUUUUUCACAUGUGUAAAAUACAGCCCAUUUCAUUAUCCCUUCCCAGUCAUGAAGGCCACUGUGUGAAAUUAUUUGCAUUUGCAAAGCAAUAUGUUGCAUCUUGAUGCCGUGCGAUUGUACUGAACAUAUGGCAUCUGAAAUCUGAAUGAAAGCAUGACACUGCAAUGUCUGUGCUCUGACCAACUUUGUAUAUAAAUGUACAGCAUACAUCCUGCUUUAGGAAUAUAUAUGAAGGACAAUGCCUACUACAUUAUAAAGCUGAAUAAUGCUCUUCAGUUAUUAGUAACAUACAGAAAUUUAAAGUGUUUCUGACAUUGAAACUGAUGUGCACGUUGAGUAUUAUUAAAAUCAGUAUUCUAGUAUAUGUAGUAUUUAACAGCUUUUCUGCUGACUUCCAGAGGGGAAAAAAAAMCACCCACCAAACAUCUUGUUCAUGUAUAAUUUCAGCUGRCACUGUUGAAGAAAAAGCUAAGGUGUAAUAAUUAUUAUUUAGACUUUGUAAGUGAAGGCACCAUCAAAUAAGCUGAUCUUGUCUAUGUGAAAAAAUAAAGAUCAGAGAACUACGAAUUUUGUAAAAUCAGCUCAUUUAGGAAAAAAAAAAAACCCCAACAACUGUGUCCAUGAAGCAGGCACACUUAAGUGUGUUAGAAUAUGCUAACAAUAAAACAYUGGGCCAGAUUUUAACUGCUGUUUCCUCACCAGUUAAGCUAGAUAUAGUACAUAAAAAACAAACAGGCCACUUUUUAGACUAAAAGUAUCAGGAGUUUUAGRGGGGCAUCACAAGAUGCAGUUCAGUAUCAGGUUUGUUACACAUUUUUGCAUUACYGUGUCCUCUGGCUCAGCUUCUAUAGCAUCUGGCAAGCCUGCAGUAUCUAAGUCACAAUUUUUUUGUUGUUGCAUUGGACACUUCUUAUUUGAUUUGWUUUGUUAUCCCCUUGAAAGCUUUCAUUUUAAACAAACCAGUUGUCAAGAUGAAAUCCCAUUUUYACCACUAAUUAUACCUUUUCUGUUUGCGUGCUAGCUAGCACGUAGCCACCAGUAGGAGUGAAAACGUGUCYGAAGGUCUAAGGGGCUGAGCCUCUSAUGAGCCCUGGUAUGCCUAUAUGUUAAUUAUUGGCUGCCCUCACCAACUGAUUGGUUUGGCUGUUGUGUUCUGGAGAAUAAGGUCCUAUACAUGAAACAGUUCUGGCAGGAGACUGCUUUCCAUUUUCCAGAGGGAUGGAAAACUCCCUAAACGUGAGUUCCUUGGUGUGCAUAGGGUAGGAGCUGUGGUCUCCUGUGACACCAGGGUACAUCCCUUCAUGAGGGCAAGUCAUGAGUAAAAACGCAGCCAAAGGAGAGCUGGAUGUAGGUUGGCACCUGAAUAGAGUGUGUUUCCUGAGAACAGGGACUUGGCCUCAGCCCGUGAGAGCGUKCCAUACAGAAAUACAUCUCUGCUUGUAAAGCUGGGGCACUACAGCUAGGUACAAUAUGAAAAAAUGGCAGUUCUCACUAAUUUUGUAGUUCAUAAAAAGAAGUUGGACUAUUGACCCUCACAGGCAAGGAAGGGACUGGUUUAAAUACAUGAAGCUUUCCCCCUUGUACUACAUUUCUGGCAUGUCUAGGAUGUGUUGAAUCAAUGCAGGCCAUAAGUGGACUGGUGGACUGUUGAAUCCCUUGGGAGUUGCCCACCACGAGAAUGUUGUCCACAUACAGCAAUCCUGCUGAGAAGUAGGAAUAUAAGAAGAGGAAUGGCAUGCCACACUGGCUUCACUGAACAUCUGGUACACCUGCAUGCCCAGGCUUUUUGAACCACUGCCACUUUGUGAUCAAUGGGCUGGCUGCAACGAUUCGUAUUUGGUUGAGAUCUGCUCUUCGCAGGAUGGUGUCGUGCCCUCCACCAGCUUCUGGUCACUGUCAUGGAGGCUUCAGGCAGCUGCUCUUCCAGGUGGCCACAGUUUGUCCUUUGGAUUUCUUUCUGAUCUAGAGAAAUGGAAGACAAAUCCCAGAUGGUAUUGAGCUGUGAUGAAUGGGGGCUGAGAGAAAUGAUAUCUUUAAGGUCUCAUUAAAAAGUUGUAAUAUUCCUGUUAGUUGGAGGUAGUUGCAGAAUUGUCAGAGACUCUAAGAAGCAAUAAGGAUAAGUGAAAGAGAGGAAGGAAGGGAGGGGGAACUUUUAUACAUACAGAAUGCUAUAUUUAUAGACAUUAUUUAUUCUCAUACUUGUAUUUUUUCUUACAGUACUGGAAGGCAAAAAAAAAAWAAUUACCUUGUAUUGGAAAUUAUAUGAAUUUUGGAAGAUAAAUUUCUUGUUAGAACUCUUAUUAAAUGAUUUAUCUGUAAUUAAUGUCCACAUUCUAUCUGUAAAAUCUCAAUUAUAGAUUUURUUGUUAAAUUAAUCUUUGUUCCUUCUUGCUUUCCUGCUUACUUGACGGCUUUUGUGUUUUAUCAUAAAACAUUUAAUCAAUAAUACACUGUAAUUGCUUUCCAACUCACACAAAGGGAAGCAAAAGGAAUGCAUAUUGUUCAGAUAAAGGCUUUUCGUUCAUUACAACACAAAAACUAAGGCCAGAAGCAAAGUUAAAUGGCAAAUUUGAAACUAAAUUUAAAAUGAACCAGUAUCAGUUAUAAAGUAUUACUUUUCUUUUUACUUACACUCGAUAAUAUUGCCAUAUUUGUAUUACCUUGGAAUAUAUUAGCUUGUCCUACUGAGCAGUAAUAAUUGAUUUAUUUUAUUUUUCUUCUUUCAACUAAAGGUCAUCAAGAGUUUUGCAUACCAUCUCACAUUAUGGUCCACCAGCACCCUCUAGUUGUAAAAUUGAGCCUGUUGACUUAUCUCCAGAAUAAGGUGCAGAUAUAAAACUGUAUAGGCAAUAUAGGAUCUUAAUUGAUCAUGAUAAUAUGAAAGGAAAAAAACCAUUAAAUUAAAAAUAAAUGGCCAUAAAAUCAAUGUAAAGCUAUAGAAAUUUGCUGUGCAAUAAAAAUUUAAAAAUAUAGAAAUUAAGACAUUUAAGUAGUAGCAAAGGUGAGAUUAGUAUAUAUAAUAGAGGUUAGUAACUAUUAACUAGGCAUGAUGUCUGAACAAACCACGUGAUAGCAAAAUCUGUUUUUCAGGGAGAGCUCAUCUGUUUCAGCUGAUAUUCUAUUUCAGUUCUUCUGUUAACUGGUAGAGUUACAAAUUUUUGUUCUACCCUUAAGAUAAAUCUUGGUAUUUUCUUGGUUCUUAAACAUUGAGUCAAUUCUGGUAUUUUAUAGUAUCAUCACCUUUUMGUUAUCUCUACACUUGUUUUCAGGAUUUUAAAAUACAUACAAACACUGCAUCAGGAAUUUCCAUGGAGAUUAAUUAAUUCAUUACUCAACUGCAGCUACAAAUUUAAGGUAGGCAAUAAGUAAGGAUGUAAUUUCAAAAGUACAUCAGCUGCUAUGCAUUAAUUCCCUGCAGUCCACAGCUCAUGUUUGACACCCAGUUUUAGGGGCAGCUCUUUGGUGUGUAAUGGCACCUCCUCUUUUCUUCACUUAAUUCUAGCUGAGAUGGUGUAUGUGAGCAAUUGGUCUUGUGAGUGAGGAAAGGAGUUUAUUUCUGUAAGUGCAGUGUAUAGAAGAUUGACCGCUUGGAAACACUGCCAAGCAGCUUUCAUUCUUCAAAGUCUUCAGAUUAAUUUGGACUUGCUAACAGGGUAAAGGAAGAUGUCUUUAGCGCCCWAUUAAAGAGAAAGCAGCAAUACUGCCUUCUGGGUUAGUGUCAAUGGGCAUGACCACAGUGAUUGAUCUGGCUGUAUAAUCAUUUAAAGGAAACGCAUUUACAAGUAAUCUUUAUUUWAAAAUAUUUUACUCUGAAGAGAGACAAUAGCUUACUUAAGCAGUCUGUUAUAGCUGCUAAGGAAACCUCUUAGGAGACUUCAUAAUACAGUUAUAAUACAGACCAUAGUCUCUGUUUCAAUUAAAGCAGCUUAUCCUUAUGGUUACUGGGGGAUUGCAAUGAGGGUGUUUAUGGAAUAGGUAGCAUUGAAUUAUUUAUUUCCAAGGGAAUGCAACCUGAAUAUGUGCAGUGUCAAGUGAUUUUUCAGGCUAUUGAGGUACUCUAGUGCUGCAAUGAGUACAAAUGAGGUGUAUAACAGAUAAGGGGAUGAGAGGACACUGUUAUUUGAUGCUUUCAUGUACUAAUUCUGGGAUUAGAGAAGAUAAUGUGGAAAGAAAUUCAGAUACAGAUAAAAUGAAUAAUCGUCUUGCUUGUGUCAACAAUUUAAUUUGUGUCUAGAAACUUAAUUGUUGUGUAUAUAAAUGAGUUACCUCCUUUUUCUAUUACUAUAAGGAAUUAAUAAAAAAACAGGAGAAUUAAACUCAUCUGUGGUGCCUAAAAGAUACAGAAACUAAUUAUGUUCAUAUGAAGCUCUACACCUAAGUAAACAGUGGAAUAUAAAGAAAAAUUUGACGACAUAAAUUUCUCAUGGYUGUGGUUUUGUCUAUGCCAUUGUAUUAAAUCAGUCACAGCAAUCUGGGCUGCUUGCAGUACUCCCUCACAUUUUGUCUUACUGAAGAACAUUGCCCACCCCUGUAACUCCCCCUGCACCUGUCCUCCCAUCAGUGGGAAUGGUGUCAGCAGACAUUUAAAAUAAAGAUUACCUGGCUAUUUUGAAA